AUGUCGCUGCCAGAACAGCCCUGCUUCCGCGCGGGUUGCAUUCCAGUUCAACCCUCUGUGGGCGACCAUCCCGCCACCAGCCUCCAUUACGCGGCGGAUAGACCUUAUAGACGGAGCUCCUUCUCCCCCGCUUCCUCCUCUGCAUACUCCCCUUUACAAGUUGAUUCCAAAUACCCGCCUCGCCUGUCCCAGUGUGUGGCUACCAAAUCAGUCAUCCCUACCGUACGACAUAACGAGGAGCUCAGCCAACAAGACCAAGGCACGAUCAGUGACGAAUCCGAAAGCGCUGCCGGCAGUGAUACCAGCAGCAACAGCAGCACUCACGGAGUAGAAACACCACGGACGGACGAAAUGCUGGACUCGGCAAAUCUCAGUACUAGCAGCUCCAGCAGCAGCAGGAACGGCCUUGCUGUUCCGACCACGGAAGCACCUGGCCUACCUGCCAGGAGUUCCCUCCGAUUGUCAAGACUCCUCACCGCGAUUCCUCAGAAGAAAGCGGCCACUGACGACCAACCCAUGCUGCCACAUGCUGCCCCACAUCAAAUAUACCUUUCGUCGGAAGAAGAUGCCUCGUCUUCGGCCGAUGACUUCUCGGAUGCUGGCGAGGACAAUGAAUCGGAUGGCGAAGGAUCGGACAAGCAGACGCAGGGGCGGUUAACGCGGCGGCGUGAGGACACAGCCCGCAUCGUUGCCGUCGUUUUCCACGGCAAACCGUCCAUGAUUACCUUGUCGCCGCGGAGGUCAAUGUCCCCCAGCUCGAGCGAGCUGCAGCAAGCUGGAGCGUGCAUUCUCAGAACCGUCACGGAGCCCACGCUCAGCCGUCCACGAUCCAUCUCCCCCACAUCCUCCACCAUGACACUCAACCGUCCCCCGCGAUUGAGCAGCAUGAUGCCCACGUAUGAAAAGGGGCGUCCCACCUUUUUGAACAUUGACCCUUUUGCGAAACCGGGCGAGGACCCGGAGUCAAAGGGAAGUCCUAAAACGUCGCCGACGGGGAUGCUACGGAAAACGCUGAGCCUGGUCAAGAAGCGUAGCAAGCAAAACUUGCAACAGAGCGAAAGCCAACCGACCCGGAUGGAGCAGGUUAGCGAAGUGGAGGAGAAGAUUGAUGCUCAAGAGGGCCGGAGCCUGGAAGAAGCCACUCAACCAAGCCCAAGCUACCAAGAUAUCAUGAGGGGCGCCCGGAGAUGUUCGGCCAUUUCAGUGACUCGAAGUGAGGCGUCAUCCUCCAAGUCACCAAAGAAUCGGUUCCGCUCGGGAUUAUCGCUGGGGCGACAAAGGAGCGUCAGGGCAUGA